AUGGCCCUUCUUCCUCGACUACCACCAUCCUCCACGAUGACCCUCCCCUUCCCCACCACAUCACCUACAGCCCCAUCACCCACUCUUGUCAUCAACCACCCUCAAUUGUCAUCAACUGCCAAUGCUGUGCACACCAAUGACAAUGGCAACAAUGUGGCAGUGCCACGUCACAAGCCCCACCAGCUGCUCGACAAUGAUGUGUCGUCACCUGAUGGUGAAGCCAGCACAACACAACAACACAAGACGGCAAUGGCACAACAACAACCAUACACAAUGGAAAACACAAUGAGAAACGAACAGCGACAUGGACCACCCACCAACAGCAACGAUGGCCCAGCACAACCCCCCACCAACGGCGACAACAGCCUGGCACCACCACCCAACCACAUAGAAACAGAUGAUGCCGAUGACACAACACAACAACACAACAAUGACAAUCAACACCACGACAAUGUGUCAACGACCAGGACGACACAACAAUGA